AUGAAGUUGCACGCAAUCUACACUACCUGCAUCGUUGUUCUAUCCUAUCUUGUGUGCAGGGCCUCCGCAGAUGUCUCAUGCAAACAAACUGGAAGAUUGGGUUCGAAGUACUGGGAGAUAAAAAUUAGUGAGGUGGAAAAUCCUGCGGCAUUGUGCGGUCGGCUGUGGGAUGGCCUAGCCGCUUGGCCAGCUUGUAACGUGUUCAGACCAAAUGGCUGCGGAACACCUUUUGGAAAUAACGACGUUUACCUGUAUUUCACGACCACCAUCAUCUGCAACCGUGGAAUGGUAGCCUCGGCUUUCUGGCACGCCACCUAUAACCGAUACGGUCCUAUCAAAUGCUGA